AUCAACAAGAACUGCUUUCUAAUGUUCAUUAAUUCUCCUAUUUUCUUCUUACAUAGUAAUCACCAGAAAGUGCUUCACUUCACUAGCUUUUUGAAUGUUUUUGUAGACAGAGGUAACAACUAUUAUUUGUGGCAAAAAGAUCUACAGAAGCUCAUAGACAUUUCCGGACAGCUCGCUAUUUAUCAGAGGCGAUAGCAAGUUUGUUUCGUUUUCUCAAAUUUAUCUCUUGCUCUCUGAAACAAAAUGGUAAGCUUCAUGAUAUACGUCAUUAUGUGUCCCUAAUACAUGUUCAUAUUUUUUAAGAUAUUUGUCUAACCUUCCUACUUGUCAGUAUAAAUGUGGAGGUUACAUGCAUGGUGCAGUUUCACAAAGAAGAGCAGCCCCUUCCCCUUCCCCUUCCCCUUCCCCUUCCUCGUCCCUGUCCCUUUCGUCUUCCCCUGCCCUUUCAUGUUUCCCUCAACCACUACAUGCUGAUGGACAACAUGGACACAUUGGCCCUUUCUUCGACCCUCAAGAACAUAUUAGGGGACAACUUGGAAACAUGCGAACUGAAUCUACUUCAGUUCCAUGUCCUUCGGUUCCACUUUCUUCUUCAGUGCAACACUCGAAUGAUGAGGGAAACACAGGUCAAGAAGAUAGUCGAUUCAUGAUAUGCCCAUAUGAAGAUUCAUUCACAAAUGCUACUUAUGUUGUGAGGCAACUUAAUAAAAUAGUCAAUAAUUCUUGGAGGAGGCAGUAUAUUAGUUACAGCAGCACUCCAAAAGAAGUAAAGGGUUUGUGGUGGAAUGAGUUCAAAGUAAAUGAAUUGGGGACGGAACCGACAUAUACAGCUACAUUUGAAUGCGCAUUUCAAAAAAAAGAUAAGACAUGGACUGGCGAUCGAGCAAAAGAUAUUAAUGUAUGUAAGGUUAUACUUGAAUGCUUUUAAUAUUUAUGGUAGUUAUAUAUAUGAAGUUGUUCUAUUUUCAUCUAUAUUGUUAAUGCAAUAAAAAUAUGAUGAACUUUUAAUGAGUAGUGCUAGUGGUAGUGGUGGUGAUGGUUUUGCUGCGUCUAAGCCAUCCGUUGAUAGUAUGGCAUUAUGGAUG